UUUUAUCUAUCUACUUUUCUCAGGAAAUUUUAUGCUCGGUAAUUAUACACAUAUUUUGUUUGAGGAAGAAUCGCAAUAAUUAAAAAUGAUUAGAAAAAGUAGGUCAACAGAUGAUUUUUUCCUGGUCUUAAACAUAAACGCAGUUUUCACAAAAUAGAUGGCAGUAAAUCUCGAUAGAGGGAUGUCCCGUUUUGUAUAAAGCGGGUAUUAGUUGCAUAUUUUUAAAACCAAAUACUAUCGAUUUUUUUAAAUGAAAAUUGAUCCUAGUGGUAGGAAGUAAUUUUUCCAUUGUAUAAACGAUCGUAUAGCUAAACAAGGUUAAAUAACAUUUUACUAUUUACGUGUAUGCAGGUUAUGUGUCACAUAAUUCGAUGUGUGAUACGAACAGUUUUACAAUAAUUUUUUUAUUUCAUCACGUGGUAUUCCAGAACUCCUCGAAAUUCUGCUGAUAGAGUUACAUUUAAAUGGAUCCUCUGCUUUCGUCAACUUCAAAAAAAUACCGUAAAGAGGCCAGUAUUAAUAUUCCAAUAAUAGAAUGCAAGCGGGAAUUCACCUUGCCACACAAAUUUCCAAGCACGGUCAACUCGUCUAAAUGUAGUUCAAUAUUUAAAGAUCACGAAGCGAGUGCUAUUACUAAUGCAGAACUGCAAAGUAAUCUGAGUGGAAUAAAGAAUAUAAAAACGUUAUCUACUAAUGCUAUACAGAAAUUAAGGAUACAAACACAAGAUGGCAAAGAUCUAGGUGAAGUUAAAGUAAAAAUUUUGAAUCAAAAGAAUUUACCAAGUGUCCCAAAGAUUACUAAGGUCCAGCAAGGUAGAUAUUAUGUAAAAAAUAGUGGUACCACUUCUUCUGUCAUUUCACAAAAUGAUAUUAGUGCAUUAUUAAAACCAUUGGAACCUCAGUUACAUGCAGAAGUACAGAAAUCUACUACAAGAUCACCUUGCUGUACAAAAUCACAUACACAGUUUGUUGUAAAGCCUCUUUCUUCUAGUGAAUUAUUGGCAUCUAUUAAAUGUAAAGUGCCUGUAACUCAAAGCAAGAAAGUAGUUCAAAAGCAUUAUGUUUUGGCUAAAGUGAAUAAAGUGGAUCAAAGUAACAAAUUGUUACUAUUAAAUGAGAAUGGGCACAAUAUUUUUCAAAAUAUUCCAGGUGUUCCAGAAAAAAAUACAGAACCAGGAAAGAAUAAUAUAGUAUUAGUAAAUAAACAAAAGAAUGCAGAGGAAUGUAUUUUCAAAAAUAAUGAGAAAAGUAAAGGAAAUGAAAAUAAUGAUGUUUCAAGAAAAACAGAUAUAUCAAAUAAUAGAAGCUCAAUAAUUCAAUUAGCAAAAUCAAAGUUUCCAGUAGUAAGAUGUGAGAAGUUAAAAAUCUCUCCAACUAGAGUUAAUACCAAUAAAAUCACUGUAUCUUGUGAAAAGGCAAAGAAAAGAAAACAUUCUAAUUUGGAUGGACAGAAUCAUCCUGUGAAAAAGAUUAUUGUAUCAAAUAUUAAUUCUUGUAGUCCAAAUAGUAGUGAAAUUCAAAAAUUUACAAGUGUUUUAAAAAAGCCAGCAAAUUUUAUACCAAAAAUACUUGAUAAUAAUAAGAGUGAUGAUGAUAAGGAUGAUGUUAUGAUUCUAUGUGAAAAAAAUACAAUUAUAGGCGAAUGUUAUAAUAAUACACAAGAGAAAAAUUGUACUUCGGCACUUGUAAAUAACAAAAAUGUUGAUAAGAAAACUCAAGGUAUAUUUACUGAGAUAGGAAAUAAGCCAAAGUUUUGUAAAAAUAAGAGUCAGAAUAAAAUAAGAGCUGAGGAAACUGAAGACAAUGAGGAAAAUGGAAAAUUAUCAGAGUGUUUAAAUGUAAUUAAAGAAGCACUAAUUAGUGUAAAAGAUGAUCAACUUCGAGCUAAAGCUUUGCAUGCCCUUGCGGAAUGUGGAAUAGGUAUAGCAAAGCAAGUCCCAAUUAUUCCACCUGAAAUAUUAAGAACAGUUCAUGAUUCUCAAAUUCAAACUGAUGUAUUUGGACUUCUUGAUAGUGAAAGUUUUGUAUUAGUGAAAGAAAAUAUACCUACCGUAGAAAGAAUAAAGCAAAUAGAACGUUCCACUGUUAAUCUUUCUCCUGUUAUGCAAGAAGUAUACACGCAAACAGAAAGGCAAAUACAGUGCAAAUCUAACUUUAAUAAUAAUAUCAACGACAUAGAUUUGUUCCCCAUGUGUAAACAGGAUACAAUACCUUUACAAAAUACAGUAGACUUUGAUAAUUGCUUUAAUGAACUUUUUAAUAACAAUACUGAUGUGAACAGAGUGAAGGAAGUAUUGUCAACACCUCAUUCCUUAUGUAAAAAGGUUGCUAGGCAAAUAGAAAGAGACUAUGAUGAAAUGCAGCAUUAUGAUGAUAAUGGCAUGUUGAAUAUACAUCGAGCUGUGGUGAAUGACCAAUUACACGAUGUGCAAAGAUUAUUGUUAAUUUUAGAAGCUUCAAAAACUAGUAUUGAUGUAUUAACAGAAGAUGGAAGGACAAGUUUGGAAUUAGCAAUUAUGAAUGAAGCAUCUAAAGACAUAGUGAAAUUGUUAUUAGAAGCUGGAGCGAAACCAAUUUUAUCAGAACUUGUUCAUGACUCUGCAGUACUUUUAGCCUGCAAACAAUCAUCUCCAUUUUUAUCAUACCUUUUGAGUUAUGUAACAGAACCUGAACUACUAAACAGAGAGGAUUCAACAGGAAUGGCUCCACUGCAUUAUUGUGCAUUAAAAGGCAAUUUAGAUGGAAUUAAUGCUUUGGUAGAAAUGGGAGCAGAAAUAAAUCUGAAGGAUCAUCGCUCAGGAAGAACGCCAUUCUUUCAUGCUCUUGAAAAUAAUCAUAUGCCAGUCGCGCAAAAGUUAUUAGAAUGUGGCGCCAUCGCGGAUAUAGUAAACUUUUCUGGGCAAUCUGUUCUAUGUUUAGUAGAUGAAACAAAAAGUCAUUCAUUCAAAGCAUUAAUUAAACAAAUAGUAACUUAAUUCUACCAGAGCCGCAAAUUUAUUUCUAUAGUCAUUAAUGAUAAAACUAAACAUCACAAUGAAAUGUAUUUUAUAAAUUAACUCCGCAAUUUAUGUAGGUACGUAUUUAAAGACUGUUACAGUAGUGUUACCUUAACUGGCCGGAAUUUUGUUUCGUUAAGUGACCAUUACUAUCCCCUCCAAUUCAUAGAUCGAAUUUCGUGGAAUGGACCUAUAUAUAUAUAUAUAUAUAUAGGUAUAUAUAUACAUAUGUAUAUAUAUAUAUAUAUAUACAUAAAAAAAUAAAUAUAUAUAUAUAUGGGAUAUUUUGUAAAAUAUUUCUUUCAAUAAUUGGUAUAAGGCCUCGAUCCGUGAACAGUUAGCGAACCACUACUGUACUUGUAGAAUGAAUGUGUAUGACAUAUUAAUUAUUUUAUGAACACGUUGAAUGCCAUGGGGGUUACUGAUAACUGACACUUAACUUGGCCGUGGCGCCGUGAGGUCACCAGUGUCCGGCGCACCAAGAUUAGUAAAAAUACAUAAUUUGACCAAAUGUCAAUAGUUAUAAACUUUUUAUUAUGACCAUCGUUACCACAGUGGUGUGACGAAAUUAGUGUAAUAUAAAACAUAGAAAAAUAAUUUUAUUUAUACAUGAAAUAUAGAUCUAUUAUGUGCGCCUGCCACUAGUGGCUGUCGAACAUGGGAAAAACCUGCUUUUUCCGUAUUUUAUCUCAAUGAACAAUAACCCUAAGGAACGUUUCGACUCGAAAGAUGUUUGUUGGCAAUUAAGAGCCUUGACAGUAAAGUAAUGCUAAAUCUUGUAACGGUUUUUUAGGAUUAUUGUGGGUCUGAAUAAAUAUGACCGGGGGAUAGAUUAUGGUUUAUGGUAGGUCCCUGAACGUAGCAACAUGGAACAAUUAUUUAGCAAUGCGAAGAAACAACAUGAGAUAAUUGAUAAGCGCAAAAAAUAAGUGAAUGGAGCGAAAUUACACUACAGCGCUGUGGGGAUCACCGGUGAUCUCAAAUAUAAAUUCAUUAAUAAUAAUUGUACACCGUAACAUAUCUGUUGUAGAUAAUAUGCAAUAUUAUAUGUAUCGCAUAAUAAAAAAUUCACCAGGGCCAAACUUUCUAAAACUGACAUGGCAUUCAACGUGUUAAAUUGUAUGCAAAUAGUUAUAAAAUUUCUGUAAAAAAUAGAAAAUUCUAGAAAAUAUGUUUUACGUAUACAUCACAUUUUCUAUUUUAUUACGUUAAUUUAUACUUCUUUGUUGUUGAAAACAAUGGUUUGCUGUUUAUCUUUGACAUAUUUUGGACAAAUUGAAUUUUAAGCGAAGAGAAUCACUGUCAAUCAUUGUAACCAUUUAUUGAAUCGUUCUUGGUAUGUCAAGAGUAAGAUUUAAUAAAUAUAAACUAAUUAAAUACUUAUUAUUACUUAGAUGGAAUAAAUGCAAAUUAGAAUAGUAUAUUACAUGCAGUCUUAACAUCAGAUUAACGCCUUAACCUACGACGUCGAGCUAGAUUCGUGGGUACGUCUUUCGAACUAUAUGCGACAAACAUUUAUUUUUCUUGGCUGCAUACCGAUGUGCAGAUAUAUUUUCUUGAAAAAUAUUAGAAAGAUACCCAUAAAAAUCUUGUUCAAUGAUCAAUUGGUAGUAAUUAUUUAUCAAACAUAUUGCAACAUAAAAUUAGUUGCACCUUACACAACUUCGAACGCUCAGCCAGACCGUGAAAUAGUUAGACAUCUGAUCGACCCUGCCGAUGGUUACAGCAUGCGCUGUUAGAACUUAAAUCGUAGGGCAAAGGAUUAAUGAUUACUGUCUAAUGCUGUAAGAGCUAUAUGUGUCUAUAUAGUAUAAGAUAUAAAUCUAUAAGAUUUAAAUAGAUAUUGUAUUUUUAAAUAGUUCUAAUUAACUGUGAGUAAAUGAAAUGAAAUUUGACCAAAUUUAUAAUCCUGAUGUUAAUUUGCAACGCAGUGAGGUUGUACUGUAGCGAAUUUCAAAGCUAUUCUACACCAAAUUCAGGCCAAAGAAGUACUGCCAUACCAAUUUCAAAGACAAUUUCGAUCACAUCAGGGUUAUCAAUCUAUGCAACUCGAUAGUUAAUUCUAACAAUUUAAUAAUUCUUAUAACACAAUAAAACUUUAUUUUAUAACGAAAA